GUCCUCCGUCCUCAGCAGAGAGGCUCGUUGAAAGAGUGUUGUUGUUGUUUUUGUUUACAGCAGUUAAAAAAUGUGCUAAGUCAUUGAGCCUGUUCUUCUGAAUACAAGGCUAACAUACUGUAGCGUGUUUGAGGCGUGCUCUGUGUCAGAGGUAACGCCGACAUGUUGACACAGUUAUUGUAGUCCACCGGAGCACUUUGGACUAGUUACACCGGACAUUAACGCUUCAAUCUGUGGGAGCUGGAAAUGGCAGUUUUCUCUGUCAUUCUGAGCUGGACCGUUGUGUUCCUCCUCUCUCUGGUUUUUAUAUCGUUCCUCGGUUACUGCCUGUACCUGAAACACCAGCAUAUGAAGUAUGACCACAUACCCGGGCCACCGAGAGACAGUUUUAUCUUCGGACAUUCACCUACGUUUUUGAGGGUCAUGAGAAAUGGCGGGCUUCUACACGACAAGUUGCUGGAGUGGUCUGAGAGUUAUGGACCUGUUUACAGGGUUAAUAUUCUGCAUUACGUUAUGCUCAAUGUGACCUGCCCAGAGACAACCAAGGAGGUCCUGAUGUCCCCAAAGUAUCCCAAAGAUAGAUUCCUCUACAAGAGACUCUUCUACCUGUUUGGUCAAAGGUUCCUAGGUAAUGGCCUGGUAACAGCUCAGGACCAUGAGCAGUGGCAUAAACAGCGUCGGAUCAUGGACCCUGCAUUCAGCAGCCUGUAUUUGAGAGGUUUAAUGGGCACCUUCAAUGAGAGGGCAGAGAAACUGAUGACUAAACUUACAGAUAUCGCUGAUAGCAAAACAGAGGCCCACAUGCUGCGUCUGGUCAACUUUGUUACCCUUGAUGUUAUUGCUAAGGUUGCUUUUGGUGUGGAUUUGGACCAGCUGAAGGAUAGUUCAGAUUUCCCGAAAGCCAUUGAAAUGUGUUUGAAAGGGAUGGUGCACUACGUCAGAAACAGCUUUUUUAAGUACAACCCAAAGAACCGACCGUUCAUAAAGGAAGUGAGGGACGCAUGCCGCCUGCUGCGCGCAACUGGAGCUCAGUGGAUUCAAAACAGAAAGACUGCCAUGCAAAACGGCGAAGACGUCCCCAAGGACAUCCUCACACAGAUCAUCAAAACAGCUGGAAAAGAGGAAACCAUGACGGAAGAAGAUGAAGAGUUGAUGGUGGACAAUUUUGUGACAUUUUUCAUUGCAGGGCAAGAAACAACAGCUAACCAACUGGCCUUUUGCAUCAUGGAACUUUCGAGACAUCCUGAAAUACUGGAGAAAGUGAAGAACGAGGUGGAUGAUGUCAUUGGAAUGAAACAGGACAUCAGUUAUGACGAUCUGGGGAAAUUGGUCUACCUAUCACAGGUGCUGAAAGAGACUCUGAGAAUUUACCCAACAGCUCCAGGAACAUCUCGUGAGGUACUGAAAGACAUUGUCAUUGACGGUAUCCACAUUCCUGGAGGAGUCACAUGCAUGUUCACCUCCUACGUGACUGGGAGGAUGGAUAAAUUCUUCAAGGACCCGCUGACAUUUGAUCCAGACAGAUUUCACCCAGAUGCUCCCAAGCCUUAUUUCUGCUACUACCCCUUUGCCCUCGGCCCACGCUCAUGCCUGGGACAGAACUUCGCUCAGAUGGAGGCGAAAGUGGUGAUGGCCAAGCUGCUCCAGAGGUUUGACUUCAGUCUGGUGCCGGGACAGACCUUUGACAUCGAGGACACUGGCACGCUCAGGCCAAAGAGCGGGGUGGUGUGCACCGUCAGACACAGGAAUCACAAGAAAUAAAUGAUCAUACAGGAUCAUAAAUCAUAAGAAGAAACCAUAAAAGUCAAUGUGGUGAAAUUGGGUUACUUAGACUAAGGGUGUUUUCCCACUUGGUCCUUUUUAAAUUAACCGAACUCAGUCCUCUUAAAGUGCACCAAAAAGUGGACCAACAGAAAAGGGACUUAGUUCGUUUUGUGUUCUUCUGUCAGUUCAUUUAAAAAAGGACUCGAUUCUCUUUCUGGUCAACUUCAGCUCUAAUGGGGCCUCAGUCCUCUUUCUGUUCACACUAUAACCUAUAUAUAAUAUAUAUUGAUGUAGUUUGUGUUUAUUACUUUGAUGAUACACUGCAGUGCGGUUAUGAAGCCCCUCGUUUUCAGAUGCACUUAAAAUUGAAGGAAAAUCUCAGUGUUACUGUGCUGUAGAGGGAAGUAUUUUACAUUCCACAUCUGGAGACGUGCAGUAUCUUCCAUGGACCAAACUACUCCUCGUCCUGCGUCCUUGCAAGCGUUACAGGCGGACGUGGUUUCAUCUGUUUUUUCAACGAUCCAGGUCAACAGCAGGUGAUCUAGAGGGCUGAAUACAACGGCAAAGACCAAAGUGAACCUGGAGCGCUUUGUGUUCACACGGCACAGGUUAAGUGAACCGAACAGUUGGGUUCUUUUCAGAUCGGUCUGAGUUCUGCCAAGUGCGAAAACACCCUGACUUACUGCUCGCAGCUUUCUUCUCCUGCCUCUUUCUCUGCUCAGUUUCUUUUAGUCUGUGUAAAGACAGUAGUAUCAGCAGUCUUUGUUUUAAUGAUAGAAACAGUGAACUCACAUGAUGAUGAUUGUUUUAACCUAACAAGAAUAAUAAUGAAGAUGUGGUUGAUCACAGUAUAAUCAGCAGUUUAAUCUUGUUUGAAGUAACCCUUAACCUGGAAAAGUCAUGGAAUAUCUUAAUCACAUUUUCCCUUCAAAAAUCAUGGAAUUAAUAAAAAUCAUUGAAAGUU